AUGAGCCUUCCGUCCCUCAAACUGUACCACAGGGAGACGUAUCCUGCCAUCUCGCCGACACUCCCACAGCUGAGCCAGUCGGGAAAGACCGUCAUCGUCUCUCGUGGCAGCUCAGGAAUCGGCUUUGCCAUUGCGCGCUCCUUUGUCACCGCAGGAGCCGCUCGCGUGAUCAUUCUCGGCCGGCGGCGGGAAGUUGUCGAGUCCGCUGCAACGACCCUCAACCACGAGGCAGGACGCGACGUCGCAGAGGGUAGAACGGUCGACGUCUACAGUCUUCCCGCCAUCGAGGCGCUCUGGUCCACCUUGCAUGCUCAAGGCAUCUACGUCCACGCUCUGGUCUUGAGCGCAGUACCUGGGGGGGAUCUUGAGGCCAACGUGCGCUCUCCGCUGGCCAUGACCCUCGGCUUCUGGAAACAGACAACGGGAACGGGAAAGAAGUUUCUUCUCAACGUCUCCACCAUUACGGCGUACAUGUGGACGACCAUAGGCGCGGACCGUCCGACAUACGGACUAACCAAGAAUGCCGCACUCGCCCUCGUCCAACAAAUCGCAAAGGACUCGAACCCCAACGAGCUGCGGAUUGUAAGCUUCCAUCCCGGAGGCAUUCUCACUGAAUCAGCGCGAAAGGAGGGGUACGCUGACAGCGGGUUUCAUUUUGACAACGAGAACCUCCCUGGCCAUUUUGCCGUCUGGGCCGCGAGCCCGGAGGCUACCUUUUUGCACGGUCGGUUUGUCUGGGCGAACUGGGAUGUCUUAGAGAUGAAAGAGGACAUUGGAAAGCGUGUCCACGAGGAAGAGCACUUUCUCAAGGUCGGUGUUGAGGGUCUCUCGGAGAAGGAUGGCGGUGCGAGGUUCUAGUGGCGCUGUGCAGUGGUCUACAAUUGAACGGUUGGCCGAUGGCCCAAAUACACGAUUCGAGGUUCUCUUCCUAGUAUCACUAUUGAGUUUUAUUGUGUUGCAGCAUCUGACAAUAACUCAUUAUUGCAGUGCUUCGGAAUGGCUCUGGUCGUACGCCUCGCGAUCCAGAGGAACCCACGUGUCCUGACCAAGACGAACAAGAACACCAGCACAAUAGGUAUGAUGACGGCAAUGGCGAUCAGCGCCAGCCAGGGGUUCGAGAGUACGCGUACCAUCUUGGAGGAAUUGUAUACCCCUUUGUAAGGCAUCAUCCUCAUAGGUAAGAGUACUGAUGUAGUUGGGUUGGUGACGACCAACGAAUACCGGCUGUUGUAUAUAGUUACCCCUUUUUUUGUUUGCAUACCCGGAACCCCGUGCUCUUACUAUCGUUUCUAACCUCCUACAUCGUGUCAUUGACCUUUGGCAAUAAUAAUCAUUCAAAC